ACAGUCAAUGGCCGCCCUAUGUUGCCAAUUAAUCUUGACAGCGUAAGUCAAAGUCAUUUAUCUCCAAUUUUUUUACAACGAAUUAACAAUAAAUACCCCUCAACAUCAAACCAAGUGACACAUUAAUUAAUCCAAAAAUUUAUUGUUUAUCAUAAAAAAAUACCUGACAAGUAUAAAAAACAUUUAAAUAAUUUAUCCAACAGUUCAAUGACUAGUACAGCACUCACACCACCUUAAUCAUAAUUUAUAUUAUUAUUGUACACAUAAAAAUAAAAAAUAAGAUAAAAAAAACGGUCUAAAAUUUACAAUCAUUUUUAUGGAUCUUUGACCAUUGUGAAUAUUAUAUAUUUAUAAUUAAUAAUAAAUUCCAUUAAAUGCUUAAAAGUUAUCAAAAAACAAGCAAAAAUUAUUUACAUAAAAAUUCAGAUCAAUAAACUCCAAAAAAAAAAUAAAAAAACAAGACUGAAAAAAUUAAAAAAAUCACAUAUGAUUCAUUUUUGAGUCAAUGAAUUAAAUAAAAAAAAAAAAUUAAACAAAGUGCACACAACUAUAUAAUCUAUAGAAAAAAAAAAAAAAAAAUUUAAUUAAAAAAUAAUUUUUUCUUGUUUUUUAUUAGUGGAAGUAAAUUAUCAGGAAAAUAAUUUAUAAUUUUGUGUGACAAGCAUUAAAAAGGGUGUCGACAAUUCGACAUAGGCGUCAUGCACAGUUGUGGUUGUGUUUUUUCCCAAUAGUGAUAAAUGAUAAUAAAAAGUGAUAUUAUAUUCAUUUAAUAGUAUGGCAUGAUUUAAUAUCACAAGACCUUGAAAAAUCAUUUAUCAUAAGUAUUAAUAGUCAACAAAAUUAUCAAUUAAUAUUUAAUAAAUUUUUAAUUUUUUUAUAAACAAUAUUAUACUCAUGUCAUGACAACUCAACACUUGAUAAUUAUUGAAAGUUAUUUAUUUAAAAUUAAAAAAUCAUCAACAACAAAUUGAAUAAAUUAAUUUAAUUUUUUUCUACUUGGAGCAACUAGUUUGUAAUAAUUUUUUAGCUUAAAAAAUUACAAUUGAUUAUUAUAUUUAAUAUAUAUAAAAUAUAGAGGAAAAUAAUGGCUAAAGAAUAUGAUCAUUUGUUUAAGCUUCUUAUCAUUGGUGAUAGUGGUGUUGGAAAAAGUUCACUGCUUCUUAGAUUUGCAGAUAAUACAUUUAAUGGAAGUUAUAUAACAACAAUUGGUGUUGAUUUUAAAAUUAGAACUGUUGAAGUUGAUGGUGAUAGAGUAAAACUUCAAAUAUGGGAUACAGCUGGUCAAGAAAGAUUUCGAACAAUAACAUCAACGUAUUAUCGUGGUACACAUGGUGUAAUUGUUGUUUAUGAUGUAACAAGUGGUGAUUCAUUUGCAAAUGUUAAACGUUGGCUACAUGAAAUUGAUCAUAAUUGUGACAUUGUUAAUAAAGUUUUAGUUGGUAAUAAAAAUGAUGCUCCAAAUCUUAAAGUUGUACUGACUGAAGAUGCUCAACGUUUUGCUAAUCAAAUGGGUAUUCAACUAUUUGAAACAUCAGCUAAAGAUAAUAUUAAUGUUGAAGAAAUGUUUAUGGCAAUAACUCGUCAAGUUUUAAAAACUAAAAAAGAAAGAAAAGAUCGUCAAGCUAUUCAAAAUAAUGACACAUUGGAUCUUACUAAAAAACCAAAACAACAUCGAAAAAAAUGCUGUUAACGUGUCUCAAUUUAUACCUAAUUACUAUUAUCAAUAUUUUUUUUUUUUAUACAAAUAAAUUUUCAAAUCAAUAAUUAUAAAUAAAUAUCAAAACGUCAAGUUAUUAUGAUUUUAUUAUUAUGUAUAAAAAUGAACACAACAAGUGUCAAGUUUGUAAUAUCAGUGUUUAUAAUAAUUAAGUGUAAAUUGUGAUGAAGUUUUAAUUUAACGAAAUUUUCAUAUCUUCCUUAGCUACACAGGGAUCUCAAUAACGAUAAUGCUAAUUACAAAAAUAAACAAAAAAUAAUAUACAAAAAAAAA